CCCCCAAUAAAUCACGUCCUUUAACCUCCUUCCCUAUUCCUUCUUCUCCAUCUCCAUCUCCAUCUCUCUGCAUCUCUCUGCAUCUCUCAGAGCAUCGCAGGAACAACCCCGACCCCGACCGCUCUCGAGACUCGCCCUCCCCCCUCCAUUCUGUGCUUUUCCUGUCCAGGAGUUCGCGUGCCGUCCUGGGUUCCCGUCGGAUUAUUCUUUUUCCCCUCGGCAGGACAGGAGGAUGUCGUCGACGACCGCCUCGUCGGAGCUCUCCGAUUUCGGCAGGCCCGCCAGGUCGCCGGAGAAGCCCGCCAUCAACUUCUCCCAGACGUGCAGCCUGCUCAGCCAGUACCUGAAGGAGAAGGGCCCCCUCGGCGAUCUCCCCCUCGGUGCGCCCGAGAUGUUCCGCCGGGCUGCGGCGGCGAACCCGAUGAGCUUCGCGGCGGCGGCGGCGCCUCGUCCGCCGGUCAAGUCCAUGAACCUGUUCCCUCAGCAAGCCGGGUUCGGCGGCUCCUCCACGAAGGAAGACGUCACCAAAGCUGCUGCUGCUGCUGAUUCGACUGAGGCCAAACCUCCUGCUGCUAAGGAGCCGGAAACCGCGCAGAUGACCAUCUUCUAUGGUGGACAAGUCAUCGUGUUCAACGAUUUUCCGGCCGAUAAGGCGAAGGAGGUCAUGCUCGUGGCCAGCAAGGGAAGCUCCCGCAGUUGCUCCCCGCCGGGCACUCCCAAUCUGGCCCACCCGGCAAAUGCUUAUGCCCCUGAAACCGUCAAAAACCGGGUCGAUCCGGGCCCGAGCCGUGGGCUCCCCCCGCACCAUCCGGCUAAUAACAUUAUCCAGGCGUGCAUCGCCGGCCUCCCUGAGCCAACCGGUUCAGAUCUGCCCAUCGCCCGGAGAAACUCGCUCCACCGCUUCCUGGAGAAGAGAAAAGAUAGGAUAACAGCAAGAGCACCGUACCCAACAGCCGCCUCAGCUGCAGCUCCUCCUUCCAAGCCCGCUGCCGAGAGCAAGCCAUGGCUCACUCUAGCUGCUCAGUCACAGUAGUUUGAGCAAAUAUUACUUUUAUUAUUACUGUUAUUAGUUAUUAAUUUUAGCAAUUAUUAAGUUUUGUUGAUGAUGAAUUUCCUUAGCUCCAGUGCCCUUUUUUGUUCUUUUGAGCUCUUGGCUCCACUGACCAUCGAGCCAGUAAGCUUAAUUAGGCCUAACUGUCCAUCAAAUUCUACCAUUAUUUUGUAAUUAACUCCAGCAGCUCUCUUUUAAUUACUACAAUUACUACUAAAUAUAGCUAAAUGCAACUGUUUCUGCUUCGCAA